AUGGCGCGGACCAUCGGGAUCGCCGCCGCUCGUCACGUCGCGACGCCGACUCGUUGCUUCGUGUCCCUGGCGGCUUCCGCCGCGGCGCUCCUGCUCCUCGCAACCGCCGCCCUGCCGGCGCUCGCGGAUUCCACUCAAAUGGCGGCUGCGAGCCGUCGGGUUCUGAAAGCCGCUGCGCCCGUUACGGCACCCGCGCCCGUGACGGCACCCGCGCCGGCCGGCGCACCCGCGGUCGGCGCACCACCGCCGCCGCCGGCGCCGCUCGAUCAGUACUACGACGACGACUACAUGCAGGACUACACUCUCGAGCAAGUCAUCGCAGACGCGGCGCCUCAGGCGGCGCCGGGCGCGCCGCCAUCCCCGCCGCGAUCCCUGCGGUUGAAGGUUCCGUACACGAUCAAGUUCGCGGACGUGUCCAAGUCGUUCUACAUUCUUAACUACCUCGCGAACUCGGUGUGCAAGUUCCCGUCCGGGCCAACGAUUUUCCUUCCGACGAAUCAGGCGUGGAGCGACGCGCUCGAAGGGUACAAGAAGAGCCGCAACAGCGGCGCGCUGUACGAAGCGCUCGACGCGGUCGCGAGCGAUCGGAUCAAGAACGCGAUUGUCUGGGCGGGGAGUAAGACUAUGAUAAACAGCACGGAGCUGUCGCGUCUCGCUGACAAGGCGAAAUCGUGCAAAACGCUCACGACGCAUCCGAUCAGCGAGGCCGCGCAGACUGCGCUGUUCAAUCUGAUGUCGUUCCACACGGCGGCUUCGCGGGUUACGAUCUUGAACCUGGAUAGCCAGGUUCUUAUACCUUGUUUUUCUCCUUUCUCCCCUUUCUCCUCACCUUCACUCCCGUUUCUCCUCCCCCUCUCUCCCAUUCCUCCUCCUCUCUCCUAUUCCUCCUCCUCUCUCCCCUUCCUCCUCCUCCUCUCUCCCAUUCCUCCUCCUCCUCUCUCCCAUUCCUCCCUCCCUCUGUCCCAUUCCUCCCUCCCUCUCUCCCAUUCCUCCUCCUAUCUCCCAUUCCUCCUCCCUCCUUUCUCCCAUCCCUCCUCCCUCCUCUCUCCCAUUCCUCCUCCCUCCUCUCUCCCAUUCCUCCUCCCUCCCUCUCUCUCAUUCCUCCAUACUCCCAUUCCUCCCUCCUCCCCCUCAUUCCAUUCCUCCUCCCCCUCAUUCCAUUCCUCCUCCCCCUCACUCCCAUUCCUCCUCCCCCUCACUCCCAUUCCUCCUCCCCCUCACUCCCAUUCCUCCUCCCCCUCAGUCCCAUUUCUCCACCCCCUCACUCCCAUUUCUCCACCCCCUCACUCCCAUUUCUCCACCCCCUCAUUCCCAUUUCUCCACCCCCUCACUCCCAUUUCUCCACCCCCUCACUCCCAUUUCUUCACCCCCUCGCUCCAUUCCUCCCUCCCCCACCCCUUAUUUUCAAAUGCCAGGUGCUGUUGUCACUGUCUCGCGUCUCUUCACUGCAUUGCAUAG